UAAUCAUCGUGAUGAGAGAGAACAGAUUUGUUCUUUUGUGAAGAACUUCCUGAACUAUGUGGUGCACACUGGUGCAAUAAGUUAGAGUGAAACAAGUAUAUCUUAUCUCGCUCUGACUUACUGCACAAAUGCACUGCAUUAGUUGAAGUUCUUAGAACUCGACUGAAUGAUAACGACAGGAAUGUCGGAUUUAUUUUGCUUGAUCUGCGAUGUAAUUGUCAACGAUUCGUCAAGUGUAAACAUCUGUACUUCUUCCCAACGUAACGGAGAGCCGCUCAUUAAUUUCGCUGUACAAGUAUUCCGACCGACCACCUUGGAAUUUCGCAGCACUUAUAUCUGUUUACAAUGUUACAAACUUUUCCAAAUGCUGGAGCAAGCUCAAUGCACAGUAGCGAAUAUACGUUGUGAAAUCCUGAAGGUAUAUAGAAGGAACAGGAAAGAAAGAGCUAUUAAGCAAGAAUUGCAAAGCAAAGAACAUGAAUUUAUGGAGAAUUUCAAUGAGCAGAGUGGAGCGGUUACUGAUAAUACAGUAAAUCAAACAAACUCCACUUUGCCUUUGAGACCUAUCAGCAACAAACUCAUUGCAUCGCAGAUAUUCCCACAAAGUGCAAUAUUGAAUCAAGAUUUGAGUGUUUUGAGUAUUGACGCAGUCAUAGGGAAUAAUAGUCCUGAAAUUAUCAAAAACACAAAUGCAAACAGUAAGGAAGUCAGUCAUUUAGGCAAAGAAGAUACAUCUCAGGUCAAUAUCAAAGAUUCUAGUCUACCUCAAGAUGAUCAAACACAAAGACAAAACUUUUUACAUACGUAUAAAGCCUGUAUAAAUACUGCAGGAGCCAAGACUGAUGUGAAAAGUUCACCCGGAGAACAAGUAAACUACUGUAGUAUUGUUAACAUGAAUACUCAAGCAAAGACAUAUUGUGCGCCAGCUUCACAGAAAUCAAGAAAAAUAUCAAAGCACAGCUUAGAGUCUACAGAACAUUUGUGUUCUACCUGUGGAACAAAAUGGAAAACGCUGACGCAAUUGAGAGCACACAUCAGAACACAUUUAACAUUAAGAACAUUCAUGUGUGAAAAAUGCGGUCAGGUCUACAAACACAAGCAUGCUUUGGAAGUGCAUAUUGGAAUGCAUAACGGCAUAAACCCUUUCCAAUGUAGCUAUUGUAAGAAGUGUUUCACACAAAAGGGUGCAUUAAUAAGGCAUUUACCAAUACAUACCGGUGAGACUCCAUACCAAUGUGAAUUGUGUGGUAAAAGGUUCAUACAUCAUACAUCGUACAACAUGCACAUGUUAUCUCACAAUGGUAAAAAGUCUCACAAGUGUGAAAUUUGCGACAAGUUUCUACUGUCAACGUCACACUUGAAGAGACAUAUGCGAGUUCAUACGGGCGAGAGGCCUUACAGCUGUUAUUUAUGCGGGAAACGAUUCGCGGAACGAUAUAAUUUGUUGGUCCAUCAUAAAAUACAUGACCCAGAUGGAAGCAGUACAAGAAAAGAAAAAGUUCAAAAGAAGUGCGAACAGAAUGAUUCGAUGUCGAGUGAGAAGCAAGAAUUAGAAGUUCAGUCGAAAUGCCAAGGCAGCUCAGAUAUUUUUAACAUAGAUGUAAACGCUACAGGAAUAUCCGACAGUUUCAUGCCACAUAUUCAAACUCAAGAUACGAAUAUGAAGCAGACGAAUUAUCGAGACGACGCGAACGAAGAAACAUGGAUACAAUCAGGUACUGCGAAAAUGUGCGAUGUCGACGAUCAAACUAGACUUAUGUUCUCUUUACCUCAUCUCGUUACAAAUCCCUUGAUUACGUUCACUGAACGAGACUUUUCUGUACAAAAUAUAAAUUGCGAUGCAAGUCUACAAGUAGGUUCAAACCCAGUGAAUUUUAAUGGUAAUCAUAUUGUGUCGACGCGCAUUUGAACUAAUGGUUACAAUGAAGAAUCAAAGAAACGAAUGUUACAAGGACUGAAAUGAUAGUGUCGAUCGAAGAAAAAAUAAACUCCAAUAAGAGGCUUAUAUAUAUAUAUAUACAGGGUGGACCAUUUUAACCUUUAAUGGAGAAUAACUCGACC